CAUAUGGAGUUCAGAUACGGGCAGGAUGGGCGCUCCGCCCUGGGGUACCCUUCCAACCGCCACCUUCACCCUGCCUCAACCCAGCCCGUGCCGUUUCAGCCACGUAUGGCUGGCUCUCUACCCUGGUGUAGCAACGUUACCCCGCGACCGAACGCCUACGCUGGGGUAUGCUCUGUACCCACACCCCUGACACAAUACUCUCCACAAGCACCCCAACCUGCACCUCCCAACCAGUACCCGACUGCACCCCAAUCCUCUACCCACACCUCGCAAGCUCAGCCCUACACUCCAGCUCCAGCCGCCUCCCCUCCCUCCGUACCCCAGUACCAAUCAGCGUCUCUGGGGUACCCUCCCCCGAGGCUGCCCAGUGGGAACCAGACCCAAGGACCACUGGAUCCUUUCCCCGCCAGCGGUGCCUCUUCCCUGGGUAUGAGGUCCAGCCACAGUCCCCUGGAGAACCAUAAAGCUAAUACUACCUCUGUUGUCAAUAUUACUACUGCUGCUGCUGCUACUACCUUGUCUAGUACUACUGCUUCCAACACAGAGAGAGCUUUACAGACUGUUCUUGCAGGCAUCGCAGACAGAGGACAGGGAGACAUGAAGACGGCUGGCACUCUGCUAGUGAACCCUCUUCCUCCUACUGAGCAGGUCACAUGGGUCCCCGAGGGUCACCUGAUAACAACAGUAAGUGCCCAGACCAUGUUCAAGGAUGUAUCCGUCGGCAUGGCGACGCAGGGUGCGGGCGACGCCCCCAUGACCCAGAGCAGGGCGGAGUUUAACAUGAAAACGGCCAAUGAGACGACGACGGGGAGCUGGGGGCGAGACUUCAUAUUUAGUGCCCCAGGCCCCAAGCGACUUAACAUCAUCGGACCGAGACUGGGUGGGAGGGGGAGUGGCUAGACCCUAAUGACCACGCCCUCAGAAACGGAAAGAAGUUCUACAGUCGCUC